ACACUACACUAGACACACAGAGUGAGAAAGAGAGAGAAGGAGAGAGCAACAAUGGCGGAUCAGGCUCACACCAUAGAGGUUCCCACUGACGCCGAGCUGCUGCAGGCGCAGGCCGACCUAUGGCGGCACAGCCUUUACUACCUGACGUCCAUGGGGCUCCGGUGCGCCAUCAAGCUGGGCAUCCCCACCGCGAUCCACCGCCACGGCGGGGCCGCGUCCGUGCCGAGCCUCAUGUCCAAGCUGUCGCUCCCGGCGAGCAAGCAGCCGUUCCUCCGCCGCCUCAUGCGCGUCCUCGUCACCAACGGCGUGUUCGCCGCCGACCACGGCGACGGCGGCGCUGAGGUCGAGCGCUACCGCCUCACCCCGCUGUCGCGCAUCCUCGUGGACGGCGCCGUCGCGGACGAGCACCACAGCCAGACGUCCUUCGUGCUCGCCGCGACGUCGCGGCACUACCUCGAGGCGGCGCUGGGGCUGGACGAGUGGUUCAGGAAGGACGUGGCGCCGCCGCCGCCGUCCCCGUUCGAGGACGUGCACGGCGCGGCGCUGUUCGACGAGAGCACCCCGCUGCUGGACCCGGAGCUGGACGCCGUGGUGAACGAAGGGCUGGCGGCGCACGACAACCUCGGCAUCGGCACCAUCCUGAGGGAGUGCCGCGACCUCUUCGCCGGCCUGCGGUCGCUGACCGACUGCUGCGGCGGCGACGGCACGACGGCGAGGGCCAUCGUCAAGGCCUUCCCGCACGUCAAGUGCACGGUGCUGGACCUUCCGAAGGUGGUGGACAAGGCCCCCAAGGACGACGUCGGCGUUACCUAUGUCGCAGGUGACUUGUUCCACACCGUGCCACCAGCUCAAGCCGUGAUGCUCAAGCUGGUUCUGCACCACUGGAGCGAUGAUGACUGCGUGAAGAUCUUGACUCAGUGCAGGAAGGCCAUCCCUUCACGGGAGGAGGGAGGGAAAGUCAUCAUCAUAGAGAUACUGGUUGGUCCUUCGCUAGGGCCAGUCAUGUUCGAGGCCCAGCUGAUGAUGGACAUGCUCAUGCUCGUCAACACCAGAGGCCGGCAGCGAGACGAACGUGAUUGGCGAGACCUGUUCAUGAGAGCUGGGUUCAGUCACUACAAGGUUGUCAAGAUGCUUGGAGCUCGAGGUGUUUUGGAGGUCUAUCCCUGAUAGAUGCUCGAUCCUACAUGAUUUUAUGUACGUAUGUGUGCCGUGUGCUUGUGUUUGGAUCGUUUACGUACUGCGAGAAGGUGAAAUAAAGGGAGUGCCAUGGAAUCUGAAAGGAAGUUUCGCCCAACAUGAGAACCUGAAGUAGUGUUUCACUUUGGGUGCAUCAAUGUUUGGGCAGCUUUCGAAUCAGAAGAAUACUACAGGCUACAGCGCUAGCUAGUUCCUGAAUACUGCUGGUGUGUCUUUGUAUGUCCCUUGGCUGUAUAUGUGUAUUUCAACAAGUCCUUGUUUGCUGCUUGUUUAUUGUACUAGAAAAAUAAUUUAUUGCCACCAAUUUAUUACAAUGGAAAAUAAUU